AUGAACUCGAUCCAGUCCAUCCAUGUUGUAUACGCAUCAUCUGAUGCUUGUACACAAGACUGUGAACAAACUACCAGGUUCCGGGUUCCGACUCCACUUAUUUGCCUGGAAGACGCUACCAGCAAAGGAAUUUUUGAGGCCUUCGUUGCUUCUGCUGUCGUGACCUCCAAGGGGGUUGGAUCAAUGCUGCAAAAGUAUGGGAUUUGCAAGGACGUUGUUCAAAGUACAUGGAGGAGUUUCGUUUUUGUUGGUGACAGUUUGAAGGCUAACCAAGCCGCCUUCAGAAAGGAAUGCUUGGAAGUCUUGAAGAAAGAUGACCCAAAGCACCUUUGCCUCAACUUCAGGUGCUUGAUACACCAAAUCGCCUUAGUGCGAAAACCAGCCGUUCUUAUGGUGCCACGCUUGUGGAGCACAAUUGUGCGCCUAGCGCAUUUGUUUGAGACCUUGUCGUUUCGGAGAGCAUUUGCAACGAAUCUGGCUUCAGUCAUCAGCAAUUCUUUCGUAUACAUCCCUGUAGCACAACAGCUUCCUGAAGAAGCAUCUUGGAAGUCUGUUCGAGAACGCCUCCAGGCCAAUUUUAGGUGCAAAUCUUCAUUGAAGAAGAGAAACCUUAAAGCCAUGUUGGAGUUUGUCAAUGGUGACCUGGAGAGCGAGUGUGUUUACCACUAUUGCCAUGAGGCUGCUCCUGGUCAAUCGCCUUGUUGUACUGGAUCAGAUGAUGCGCUGGGCAAAUGCUUGAGAUUGAUUGUUCCCUUCUUCAGUCGUGGCUUCCCUGUGCCUCUUUUGUACCGGUUUAAACAUUACGAUGAGGCAAUUUCAUUCAUCACACUUGGCUUGUGUACCCAUGGGCUGCUUACAAGAACACUUUCCAGCAUGGACUUGGCAAAACAAGCAGGUCAGAAGCAGCAGGAACUGAUAGACUGUCUUCUUGGGGAUCUAGAUUUGAGUGUGGGAGGUCAGGAUGGUACAGACCCAGCUGCUUUCAAAGACGACGAAUUUGAGGACUUCCAUGCUCAGACUUCAAAGAGGAAGCAGCUUGUUUACGAGGAGAUUACCAAGCCAGCCUUCCAUCAAUCAACAUUGUAUCUGGACUUUAUGAUCCGACCGAUGGAUUCACUCAUGAACCAGCUUUUCCAUCGCAGCCAACUUCUGACAAAGUUGACUUUGUUAGGCCCUUGCUUGGACAACUGGAAAGAGGUAGCUCACAAAAGUCGAGAGUUGUUCCUGUCUGUUGCUUCUGGCUCCUUUGGACAGACUGUGGUGAAAGAGUAUUGCACCAUAAUGUUUGGCGGUGAUGACAGUCUACAGACCUUGGCAGAUCUGGGCUUCGAUGUGUCAAGUCAAAGUCACUUACACUCAAUGUUCGUUCUGGGCGUUCACCUGGUGACAGACCUUUGGCGGAGACUGGUUCAUGAGCACAAUGUGCCUCAGUACAAGUUGUUCUCCACACUUCUGAGGACAACGACCUUGGAUGGGUUUGUUGCAGCUUGGGACAGGUUUCAGGGGGCCAAAGCUUCAUGUCCUUAUUGCUUUGAUAGAACUUUCAGCCAGAAGGUUCUGAAUAUUUAUCCAGGACCAUUGGGGCUUUUAGACAGAAGCGUCCAAGAGUCUGUGCACAUGGAGGUUACACAGUUGCUUUCUGAUUUGGCAACAGCUUCGCCGCUCAGCAGUGACCCAGUUGAGGUGAAGAAUGGGCAAGUGCAAAACAUCACCAGUAGAAGAGGUAACCAAGCUGUCAAGGGCCCGGCAGCCUCUCGGGAGUCCUCAUUCCUGAACGCUUUGAUCAAAGAUUUCGAUCUGGUGAAUCAUUUUGUUGAAGAAAAAACUUUGCCAGCCAAAAAGGUUGUGGCAGGCAUUCUCAGGAGGUCUGGCAAACGAGGUUGCAAUCAACAUUCUGCUUCCAAACGUAUUCAUGUUUUGCUGGCUCAGGCUUCUUGGGAAAGCGGUACUGCGAGGAACAAGAGGAUUGUGAAAGCAGCACAUCGACAGCUUAGACGGGUGAGCGGUUGGAAUUUGUACCAAAAGGAACAGCUGUGUGCAAGGGGAGGUCAUUUAGAUCCGAUGGAAUACAAACAGGCACUUUGUGAGGUCUCACACACAUGGAAGACUUUGCCACAAACUGCCAAAGACGACUAUAAAGUUCGAGCCGAGUUUGAACAUCAGAUGCGCUUGGAGUGUGUGAACACAGCCCUGUCUUCCAAGGGCUCCCAGGCGCCAGAGAUUGAAUCUCACAUCAGUUCAUCUGGCCUGAAAAAGAUUUCAGCAGCUCGCCUUCAGAAGAAUUUCGAGCAGGCAAAGGAUCACCCAAUCUGGAAGUCCUCCACCCAGCUUGGUGACCGUGGAGGAGCCCUCAAGAAGUCCUACAUCCAGGUUUCCACCCCAGAGGAAGAGAUUUCAACAUUCCUCAAAGAGGCCUUCCAUUGCAGUGUUUGUGACAGUGGCAAUGUGCAGAGUGACAGUGAAUCCGAGACACAUGAAGAGGAGGAGACGAUUUGUCAUGUGCUGUAUGGUGGCUUGUGCAAACAGUCAAACAAAACUGCUGCUGCUUCACGGCUUGUUGCCGUCCUCCACCAUCACAUCAUAGUGAAUCACAUUCCCAUUGGCAGCUUGCUUCUCAUGACAAGUGGCUCUGAAUCUGUCCUUUGUUUCCUGGGAAUCUGCAUGAGGAGGCCCAGGUUGCAUGUUUUGAUACAAGCUACUAUGGACGCUGCUUCUGAGGAAGUCAAGUUUGCCUUUGCAAAUGACGGUUGCAGUCCCAGGAUGUUCACCAGCCACCAAGUGUUUGAUCAGCUCAUUUCUUCUGGCCAACCAGAGAACGUGACGCUCGAGUUGUGGAAGUAUACACUGCAGUGUGAGAACUAUGGUCUUCAACUGUUUGCAUCCUCCCAGGAGAAAGAGUGGACCCUUGACCCUUCAAUGAAAUUGAAUGUGAGGAAGCCACGAGCAAAAUUACCAUUUGGGCUGAAAAUGCCAGUCAAGAAAAGGGCAUUGACGGCUGUGAAAAACAAGUCCAAGAAGCAAAAGACCAAGUCCAAAGUUCGCAAGAAGAAGACUUCCAGCAAUUCAUCCAUUCCAGCUUCACAUGAUGAUGGAGGUAACUCUGACGUUGCACCACAGCACACUGUGAGAGAGGAAACUGAAAUACCCAUUCCAAUUUCGGCAGCAGCUGCACAAGAGGAGAGAGUUGGGGACCAGUUGAUUCAAGCACAUGAGGCUCUCCGGGAAGAAAGACAAGCUCUUGCAGAGAUGGAGAUGGAUGCUGAUGUACCGGUGAUGAUUCCAACAGGUCCAGCAAAAGCAAAAGCGCAACCAACAUCCUUUUUUGCUGCCAGUAUUGGGCUUGAUGAUGUGGGAAUCGCAGUGACAGCAAGGUCUUCUUGCCAUUUUUGUGGCAACAAAAUUGCAAAGGGCACUAUCAGACUCAGUUGGUACCACAACACACGAAAGCCAAGCUCGUGGCUGCAUCUUGGGUGUGUAGCCCCUCUUAUCCUCAAGUCUGAUCUGAAAUCGGCUUCACUAGAAAGAUUGGAUAUGCUCAUGGCAAAGCCAAGGAUUCCUGAGCAUGAACGCAAUUUGAUCUUAGCAGCCCUGAAGAAGAUUCGAGCAUCCUUACUGUGA